GAGACUUAAGACUCCCUCCCACGUGGCUCCGGCCCAGUCUCAAUAUCACAAUCCCGUCUCCCAGUGGGUUUGGUGUUGGGGGUAACGCCGACAUGGCUUGAACAGGGGAAAAUUAGCGCCUCCCUCGCCGUGGGUGCGCGUUUUUGUAUUAGAGAAUCUCUAGCUUUCAGGCUAGGUGGCAGAAGUCACCGCCCGUUCUGAAGGGCACAGUCGUUAAUAUCCAUCCACCUAUGCCGGCCACCAUGUUGAAGGAAACCUACGCAGCGUCAGCACCGCGUCCGUCGCUCUCGCCGCAUGCCUUUGCGAAAACACGCGUUGUUUCCGCGAUGCCGACGUACUGCUGCGUACCCCUCUGCAAGCAGAGUGGCUAUUUGGACACGUCCGGUGCUAAGGUAUCGUUUCAUAGGUUCCCACGAAACGAAGACACCCGCAAGAGAUGGAUAGUCGCCAUAAAGCGCGACGAAGGGCCGUCCUUCCAGGUGUCAAUGGCCACCAAAGUGUGCUCGAAGCACUUUGUGACCGAAGAUUUUGUUCCCAACGUGGCCAGUGGACAGAGGAUGCUGCGCGACGAUGCCGUGCCGUCUGUAUUUAGCUUCAAGAAGCCAAAGCGCGUCCGCACUGCACCACGAGCAAGGUUGCCACCGCCUGUGCCACGGCCCGCGCCUUUGCCGCCACAGCCGGCUCUUUCGCCGCAGCACGUUCCUUUGUUCCCGUCCACUCCCACGGCACAUCACCUCGUGGGAAGCGAGGCUGGCAAAGAAAACGGCGCCUUCGUCUUCGCUCCGAUCGGCCGUAUCCGGACGGCCUUUCCUUCCAAGAACGCCACUCCGCGCCAAGCGUGCAUCUGCUCCCAAAGCAGUGCCACUCUAUCUAUCGACAAGGAGGUGUUCAACCGCCCACAACACUGCCUGGACGGGCUGGAGGAGUUCUCACACGUUUGGUUGCUGUCGGUGCUGGACCGGAACAACAAGACGGAGUCGGGCACGUUUGCUUACAAGAGCAAGGUUCGUCCGCCGCGGCUCGACGGCCGCUCUGUCGGUGUCUUUGGAACGCGAUCGCCCCACCGGCCGUGCCCAAUCGGUCUCAGCCUGGUUCGGCUGGACGCGGUCAAAGACGGCACCCUGCACAUCUCCGGCGUGGACCUAGUAGACGGAACUCCGAUCCUCGACAUCAAGCCGUACAUCCCCGAAUACGACGCGCCGAACCAAAUGGCACGAGACGGCAAGACAUCGCCGCCUGAUGGUGUCAUGACGACGACCAGAUGUGCCUCUUGGAUCUCUGGCGAGUCGUCUUCCCCGUCCUCGUUGGGCGGUCUUCGUGUCGACUUCACGCCUUCCGCGCUGGGCGACCUUGCCCGCUUCCACGGACGCGACGAGUGCCAGGAGGCAGAGUGUCCAUUGUGCCUGCACCACCUGGCAGACGGCACGCAGGCGCGGCAAGCGCUGACAGCACUCCUGUCCGCGGACCCGCGUUCGCUCCACCGGAAAAACAACUGUUCGGACCGUCUCUACUACUGUGUGGUGGAUGUGCUUCACGUGACCGCUUGGUUCGACGUCGGGCGCGUGGAGGUGCUCAAGGUGGCGCCUUUGGCGCUCAUGGACGCGGUAUCCAAUCUGGCAGACACGAGCGGCAGCUCGUACUCUUAAUUACAAUCUACAGAAAUUCACAACAAAAAGGAUCACGACAGAGAGAAAGUUUCAAUAUCUUCCUAUACUCCAUUCACCAUUAAACUGAGCGCGAGCUUUCUGCACUUGCUAACACCAAGUGUGAAUGCACAGGUACGUGCAACCAAAGCACUGUGGAAGCCAGCGAGCUCGCGCUGAAGUCAGAGCUGCUAGUCUCAGCUUUAGGGUGAACUGAGUAUAGGCUUUCACGUG